AUGCUGAUAAAUGCUUAUAUUAGCAUUAAAGGAAAACAUAAAAAUUUUGUACCUAAAAAUGUAAAUUCCUUUGAUAUAAAUUACAACUUUAGAAGGAUCCCACUUACAGAUAAGAUUAACUAUUUAAAAUAUCUGAACUUUGAAAAGUUUAAAAUAAAAAUUAAAAAAUUUAAUAACGUUUGUAAUAACGUGGGUAAUCACUUUUCUGAACAUUUUUUUUGUAACCAAUUUGGUAAUCAACUUUCAGAAAAAUUUAAUUACAAAUCUCCAUAUACUCAUGGAAUAAAAUUAAAAGAAUUUGAUACCUAUUACAUAAAAGACACAAAAGAAAAAAAAAAUGAUCAAAGUUAUUUUCAUAAAAUAAAUAACUUUAUAAAAGAGGAGGAUAAAUCACCCCUAUCAACACUAUUAAAUAUUAAUGAAUAUAAUAACCAACCCAUAUAUUUAAAUAAUUAUAUAAACAAAGAAAAUUAUAUACAAAAUAAAUAUAUCAAUGGAAUAGUGAAAUAUAAUACUGUUAUUAAUAAAGUAGCAAAUAAUUUUAAUAAUUCUAGUAACAGAAAUAUUUUUAUAAAAACAACAAACAGAUUUUUUCAAACGAUAAUACAAAAGAAAUUUCAUACAUCGAACAAUAAGAAAGAUGAUAAAAAAAUUUCCAAAAAUGGUAAAAAAAAUAAAAAAAUAGAAACACCAAAUAAAAAAAUAGAAACACCAAAUAAAAAAAUAGAAACACUAAAUAAAAAAAUGGAAAUACCAAAUAAAAAAAUAGAAAUACCAAAUAAAAAAUGCAUAAAAAAUACAAAAAAUGAAACUAUUAUAAAAAGUCCAGAAAAUACAUGUCUAGAUAAAAAAAAAAAUAUAGAAGAAAAUAAACCCAUAAUAAAAGAAAAAAUAUGUAACAUCAUUGAAAAUGAUACUAAUAUUAAACAUAAAAUGAAUGAAACAGAUAAAAAUUAUAUUACCAAUUAUAAAAAUAAAAUAAAAAAUCUUAUAAAUAACUUAUUUGAAAAACAUCUUUUAUUAAUGAACUCGCUAAUUGCAGGAACAUUAUAUUUUAUUGCUGAUAUAGCAUGCCAAUUUAUGGAAAUGAGUAAACAGCCUAAUGAAUAUGAUAUAUAUAGAACUCUUAGGAUGUCAACUAUUGGAUUUACCCUUGAGGGACCAGUAAUGACAUGGUGGUAUGGAAAAAUUUUAGCUAAUUUUAUUAAAUCCAGACCAAAUAUAUUUUUAUACAAAUCUUUUAUACCAACAUUAUUUGAUAAUUUUAUUUUUGGACCCAUCCAUUUAACAAUAUUUUUUUUUUAUAAUGGAAUCUUAAAAAAACAAUCUCGUUCAGAAAUUGUAGAAAAAAUUUUAAAUACAGGAAUGAAUGUUUUUUUCAUUUCUUUCGUGACAUGGACACCAUUAACACUAGUUAACUUUUUUUUUGUCCCAAGGAUUUAUCAAGCUACAGUUGUAUUUUUUGCUGAUUUUUUUUGGGUUAUUUUUCUUUCAUGGUCGGCAAAUAAUAAAUAA